AUUUACUGAAACGAGAUAUAGGGGUGCUGCUAUAUUAGGCAAGGUGCUCUUGCCUCGGACUGGAGCAUGUUUGCUGAUUUUAUUUUCCACCGAAACCCUUCAUGGUCUCUCUGAGUGUGUGCCUGCCUAAUCAGCCCUUUUGUACUUCACAAACAAUCAUGAAAUUUUUAUCGGCACGCUGCUUCUCGCAGCUGCGCUGGAAUGAGGGGAUUAGAGCGUGCUGAAACUAGGCUGCUGGCCGCGGGAUGAUAGCGCGCAGGUUAAUUUCAUUAAAACGCCAACUCGGGACCAGGAGAUGCCGCCGGGGGAGCUUAUCGCUCAGCUGGCCGACGCGAGAGAAGUCUCCGUAAAAUACGAGGGCUUCGCGACGGCUUCUGUGGAACGAUGUGUCAGGUGAAUCUCGGCAUGAUGAUGAUGAUGAUGCGCGGAAAAGGAGGGGGAAACCGUUGAUCUGUCUGCGUCGUUCUCUUUCCAACCAACGGAUUCCAUCUGAGGGACAACACAGGUGCUCGUUUUGCUACUUAAGGUGUGUGUGCGUGCUCGUAUUAAUGUGUGAGAUUAGAGAUGUCAAAAGGAGCGCAGCGCAGCCUCCAUCGUAGUCUGGGUGAAAGAGCGAGAGGGUGAAAUUUUCAGAUACUCAUCAGGCACAGCGCAGCUUUUCCGGUCAGUGGGAGAGCAGGAGAGGGAGAGCAAGCGAGAGAGAGAAACAUUUGUGUGACGUGUGUGUGUGUGUGUGACAGCGUUCCCUCAGUGCGUAGCGGAGAGACAGGUCUGCGCGCUGACACUCACUCCAACGGGCUGAUGCGCUCUGGAGCUGCGAGCAGGACCCUCUGGGAGACGCGUGUCGCUCGAACUGCCGGAGAUGCUUUGAAGACCCGGAUCUCUGCGCUACACGUGUUGAAUCGCAUACCUGCGUAUCCCUCUGCAUCUUAGACCGCUUCGCACGCUCUCUCGCGCGUUCGUGCAAACCAUGGAUUCUCUGGCCAACGACACGGACGGACUGGAGAACUCCUUGAAGUACUCCAAGUGUGACCAGACGGAGAAGAUGUGGAUUAGGCUGAAGGGAAUGCAGAAGUACAAAAGCACAUCUCAAAGAUUGAGAUGUCUGGUGAAGCAGCUGGAUAAGGGGGAGGUGAAUGUCGUAGAUCUGAGGAAAAACAUUGAAUAUGCCGCGUCGGUUUUGGAAGCCGUGUACAUCGACGAAACUAGGCGGCUUCUGGACACAGAGGAUGAGCUCAGUGAUAUCCAGGCAGACUCUGUGCCAAUGGAGGUGCGAGAUUGGCUGGCCUCCACCUUCACCAGGAAGAUGGGAGUGGUGCGCAGACGGCCAGAAGAGAAGCCCCGGUUCCGCAGCAUCGUUCACGCCGUUCAGGCUGGGAUCUUUGUUGAACGAAUGUACAGAAGAACAUCCAAUAUGGCAGGGUUGACCUAUCCACCAUCUGUAAUUACAGCUUUAAAGGAUGUUGAUAAAUGGUCAUUUGACGUCUUCACGCUUCAGGAGGCGAGUAGUGAACACGCUCUGAAGUUCCUGGUGUAUGAACUGCUCACCAGAUAUGACCUGAUCAGCCGCUUCAGGAUACCAGUGUCCUCCUUGGUGUCAUUUGUGGAAGCUCUGGAAAUAGGCUACAGCAAGCACAGAAACCCCUACCACAAUCUGAUCCACGCUGCCGAUGUCACGCAGACGGCACACUAUCUGAUGCUACACACUGGCAUUAUGCACUGGCUCACUGAACUGGAAAUAUUGGCCAUGGUGUUUGCUGCUGCUAUCCACGACUUUGAACACACUGGAACGACCAAUAACUUCCACAUCCAAACCAGAUCAGAAGUGGCCAUCCUGUACAACGAUCGCUCGGUUCUAGAAAACCACCACGUGAGUGCAGCCUACAGACUCAUGCAAGAAGAUGAAAUGAACAUCCUGGUCAACCUCUCGAAGGAUGACUGGAGGGAGCUGCGUACGCUGGUGAUCGAGAUGGUCAUGAGCACAGAUAUGUCCUGCCAUUUCCAGCAGAUCAAGACGAUGAGGAACGCGCUGCAGCAGCCGGAGGGAAUAGACAAGGCUAAAGCGCUGUCCCUGAUGCUGCACGCUGCGGAUAUCAGCCAUCCCGCUAAGGGCUGGAAACUGCACUACCGCUGGACGCAAGCCCUCAUGGAGGAGUUCUUCAGACAGGGUGACAAGGAAGCAGAACUAGGGCUGCCGUUCUCUCCGCUGUGUGACCGGAAAGCUACCAUGAUUGCCCAGUCUCAGAUAGGUUUCAUCGAUUUCAUCGUUGAGCCCACAUUCUCUGUUCUGGUCGACACCACAGAGAAGAUCAUUAGUCCUCUCAUAGAGGAAGCUGUAAAAUCCGGAGGUGUCCGCAGGUCAAGUUUGACGGGUCGGGGCUCGGCCGCGGUGGUGGAGUCCGUACAGAGACACAGCGGUCGGGGUUCGAAUGAUGAGCAGGGAGGCACGACAGAUUACUCACUGGGCGGCAUCGACCUGAAACGAGUCCGACACCUGCUCUCGGAAAUCAUCCAGAACAACAAGGAGCGCUGGAAAGAGCUGUCUGUUCAAGAGCUGGCCAACAAACAACACGAGAGAAUGUCCGACCUGGAAGAGGAGCCCAUAAGGAACACACAAGUCACACUGUCCCGCAGCAGUCCGGCCAGAGGGAGUCACGACUCGGAGUCGAAGUCCCUGAACGAACUGAACAAUACGGACUCGACCCACUCUUCCCAGGACUCUCUGGACCAGAGUUCCCAGUCCCCGACGGAGGGACCGGGCGACGGCUCCCCAGAGGAACACAGCUCAGAAACUCUGCCUUGGAACGGCAAAAGCGCCUGACGUCACACCUGAAUGUUUUUAAUCAGAACCAGGAUGAUGUACAUAGCAUUGUCCUCAUUGUAUCGUAACGCUAUUAUACUCUCGGGCUCGGAGGGCUCAUUGUGCAGACGGACGCACCGAAUGUCCACGGAGAGACGGUAGUGUGCAGUGUUGUCAUGGCGACUAUGUUAUUGCUGGAGACGGACCUCUAUCAUCCCCUUGAGGAGGAUUUAGCGAGUGUCCCUGAAACGCAACGCUACCUAUUUGCUUCCCGGGCUUUAUUCCUGUUGGUUCAAUUAGGUUUUUCUUUUCUCUCUCUCUUUUUUUUUUUUUUUUUUUUUUGUUUGUUUGUAGACUGUUUAUCGUUAUUUAUUAAAGAUUACGCAGCUACACUUUGCACCACAGUUAGUUUCAGUAUUUUAUUCUCGAUACGGUCAUGCUUACCGGCUCUUUGCGGCACAUUAGGUCAGAGCGGCUGGAAUAUUUUACUUCAUUCUGGCAUGAUGUCUCUGUGGACUUAUGAAUGUUAUUCCCUCCAAUUUCCAGAACAAUCCAUAAAGAGCAGUUUUUUAUUGUAGCAUGACACGUAUAGUAUGCGCAGCUGUAAAAUUUUAGUAGAACAUGCCGCCUAUUAAAUCAUGAGCCAGUUUUUUAACAGUAGAGGUAUAUGUCCUCAAGGGGGCGUUGUUUUAUUUUAACAAACCACACUCUCCAAAUGAACAAAACUGUGUCCCUUUAAAUCCAUUCAGUAUUAUAGUACAUAGCAGUGUCUAAAUAAAUGUUACUCACCUUGGCUGUGUUCGGAUUGGAAUUCUAGCUUACUACACACUAUGCAGUAUGUACUGUUCAAAGUAGUAAAAUGGAAUUAUGUAAGAAUUUAUUUUGAAAAAUGUAACAAUGUAACAAUUUAAAUUUAAUGGAACAUUUAUAUGCUCUAUUUGUGACCAUGAACCACAAAACCAAUCAUAAGGGUCCAUUUUUUUAAAUUGAGAUUUAUGUCAUAUGAAAGCUGAAUAAAUAAGCUUUCCAUUGAUGUAUGGUUUGUUAAUUAUAGAACAAUAAUUGGUUGAGAUACAACUAUUUGAAAAUCUGGAAUCCGAUGGUGCAAAAAAAAAAAAAAACUAAAAUCAAAAAUAUUGAGAAAAUCGCCUUUAAGGUUGUCCAAAUGAAGUUCUUAGCAAUGCAUAUUACUAAUCAAUAAUUAAAUUUUGAUAUAUUUAUGGUAAGAAAUUUACAAAAUAUCUUCAUGGAACAUGAUUGUUACUUAAUAUCCUAAUGAUUUUUGGCAUAAAAGAAAAAUCAAUAAUUUUGACCCAUACAAUGUAUUAUUGGCUAUUACUAUAAAUAUACACAUGCUACUUAAGACUGGUUUUGUGGUCCAGGGUCACAUUUUGUGUUAAAAAGUCCAAUCUUAGAAAUAAAAUCUUACAAAAAGUAGAUCAUUUGGGUAUUUCAUCCAUAGAGAAACUGUAAUAGUAUGCUUUUCUGAACACAGCCAUUGUGCAUUACACUGUUCUUCAGAGUCUCAGAACUUUCAUGAGGUACUAAACAUAUGCUACCAAAUCACUGUAUCAUGUUUUAUAACUUUAUGUGAAAAUACUGAUCCAUUUUUUUUGCAUUAUAUAUGACAUAAACUGCCAAAAACAAGA